AUGUCUGGCAACACGGAUUCAGGUGGCACCAGCCUGUGCUCUGUAGAUUAUGAAAUAUUUGGACAUGUCCAGGGGGUCUGUUUUCGGAUGUACACAGAGAGAGAGGCCAAUCGCUUGGGUCUUGUCGGCUGGGUAAAAAACACCAAUAAAGGCACAGUGGUGGGGCAGGUACAGGGACCCAGGCACCUGGUCCAUGAAAUGAAAGUGUGGCUGAGUAAAGAGGGGAGUCCUGGCUGUCGAAUUGCACGAGCUGUUUUUAAAAAUGAGAAAGAAAUCCCCCACCUGGAGAUCUCUGGUUUUGGAACACGAUUCUGA